AUGGCGGUGCGCGCGAGCCUCGCCUGCUUCCCCUCCGACCCCGCGCUCCACGAGGCCUGCAUCAUCCCGUGGGGCGUCGCCGUCACUCCGUUCUCUGCCACAGAUGAGCGCGGCUCCAAGCCGGCCACCGGCGCCGAGGGCCACCUCCUCCCCCGCUGCCAGUCCUGCUUCGCCUACUUCAGCUUGCUCUGUCCGCUCGACCGCUGGUCCUGGAACUGCGCCGUCUGCGGCGCCGAGAAUGACCUCCCCGCCGACGCCGCCGCGCGCUACGCCCGCGACGGUGGCCACGACUCGCCCGAGAUGCGCUCCGCGUUCGUCGACCUCCUCCUCCCGGGGGAGGAGGGCGAGGCGGCGGCUCCGAUGCCCGUGUACGUGGCGGCGAUCGACUUGUCCUCUUCAGAGGAGUUCUUGGAGCUAAUCAAAAGUGCUCUUCAAGCAGCUCUUGAAGCUCUUUCGCCAGGAUCACUAUUUGGACUUUUGACAUUUAGCAGCAAAAUAGGAUUAUAUGAUGUCCAAGGUCCAAUACCUAUUGUGAAGAAUGUGUUUAUCCCUCCUGAUUCGGAUGGUGCCUUACAAGUUGACCUUGAAGAUAUCAUGCCCCUUUGCUCAUUUUUGGCUCCUAUUGAUAGUUGCAAAGAUCGCAUUACUGAAGCACUUGAAACAAUUAAACCAAUGUCUUCCUGGGAAGUAGCUGCAAAUGCGCACGAAGGACAGGAUCAUGUAUUGCAUCAUGUACGUGGUUUUGGUGUAGCGUUGGAUGUUCUUAUCAACUAUCUAAGUUCAGAAUAUGGAAAUGCGUUCGAGCUUGCUAGGAUAUUUGCAUUUUUAUCUGGUCCACCCAAUUAUGGGGCUGGGCAGCUGGAUAUAAGUGAGGACCAAAAUGCUGGUAAAGCAAGGGGUGCUGAUCAUGUAUUACUGCAGGAGCAGACAAGUUUCUAUAAAAAUCUGGCUACUAGUGCUGUUCAAGCAGGUGUGUGCGUGGACCUUUUUGCAAUUACAAAUGAAUACACUGACCUUACUAACCUGAAAGUUCUGAGUGUUGAGAGUGGUGGAUCACUGUUUCUGUAUUCAAGUACAGAUGAAUCAACACUUCCGCAAGAUAUAUACAAGAUGUUGAGUCGUCCCUAUGCUUUUGGAUGCGUAAUGCGAUUGAGAACAUCAUCACAGUUCAAGAUUGCUGAUUCUUAUGGCCAUUUCUUCCCAGAUCCUCAGUACAUGCAUGUUCAACACAUAAAUUGUUGUGACUCUUUUGCUACAUACAGUUACGACUUUGAGUUUGAAAAGGAUUCACAAUUUUCCAGGAAGUCAAGCCCUCCUAUUAUUCAAAUUGCAUUUAAGUACACAGUGCUUGUGCACAAUGGUGAUACAUCAGAUUUUCCAAAUUCUGGGAGCAGAUCUAAAUACUUGUUGGAGAGGAGGCUAAGAGUGCGGACUAUCCAGUACAACACAACUGCUAAUAUCUGGGACCUUUACGAUUUUGUUGAUCCAGAUGUUGUUUUGACAAUACUAGUACACCAGGUUAUUUUGGCUUCUUUAAGUGAUGAGCUGGAAACAAGGCUGUGGCUCCAAGAUUGGUUGGUGGUUGUCAUUGCUCAGUACAACAAAGCAUACAAGAACGUCACAUCUGGAGGUGGUACUGAGACAUAUAAUAUUGAUGUUAAUUUCUCGCACUGCUCACAACUGCAGCCUCUGUCACGGUUUGUGUUUGCUAUUCUAUUAAGCCCCCUGCUUCAAGUCAGCAGUGAAGGCAUUCAUCCAGAUUAUGUGACAUAUUUGCAAUGCCUCUUGAGGUAA